AUGGGGGUGCGUGGCAGCAAGAACUGUGCCCCAAGCAGAGGCAGCUCCCAGGGCACCCUUGGGGACAUGCUGCUCACCGCCCUGGAAGACCUCUCCAAGGAGGAUUUUAAAAGGUUUCGGGGCGCACUGGCAUACGGAGCAGACCUGCAGGGCAGGGGCUGCAUUCCCUGGGGGCGUCUGGACGAAGCCGACCGGACGGACACGAGGAACCUGAUGCUGGGUUUCUAUGGCGAGGAGGCCGCCGUGGACGUGGCGAUUGCCGUCUUCAAGCGCAUCCAGCUCCUCAACGCUGCCACCCGCCUCUGGGAAAGCAGAGAGAAAGAUCUCCAGAAGAAUUACAAAAAAGCCAUACGCCAGGCAUACAGCCGCAUGAAGGACCAGAACUCCCGCGUGGGUGACAACGUGAGCCUCAACACCAGGUACUUGAAGCUGGUGAUCGUCAACAAGCACCGUGAUGAAGAGCAACGGGAGCAUGAGAUCGUGGCCAUGGGACGGAGGCACGCGGAGAUCAUGAAGGAACAAGCCAGCUCCUCCAUUGCUGUGGCUGACCUCUUCAAACCUGGCCCCGACGGCUGGACCCCCAAGGUGGUUGUGCUCCUGGGAGCCGCAGGUGUGGGCAAGACGAUGACAGCCAGGAAGAUCAUGCUGGACUGGGCGUCCGACAAGUUGUUUGGAGAGUUUGACUACGUCUUCUACAUUCACUGCCGGGAGGGCAACCUCCUCACCAGCCAGGCCAGCAUGGUCGACCUCAUCACCUGGUGCUGUCCUGGCAGCUCUCUGCCGCUCGACGAGAUGCUGAGGCAGCAGGAGAGGCUUCUGUUCGUCAUCGACGGCUUCGACGAGCUCCGCUUCUCCUUUGACCGGCCCCAGUCUGAGCUGUGCUCCCAUCCCCAGGAGCAGAGGCCAGUGGAAAUCACCCUGAGCAGCCUCUUCCGCAGAAGGCUCCUGCCUGACAGCUCCCUGCUCAUCACCACACGUCCAGCCGCCCUGCAGAAACUGGGCAACUGCCUGGAGUGUGAGCGCUACGCUGAAAUCCUGGGCUUCUCAGAGGCAGAGAGGAAGGAGUAUUUCCACAGGUUUUUUGGAAAUGAGGAGCAGGCAGCUGUUGCCUUCCAGUUUGUCAGAGGGAACGACUGCACUGUCAUGAAGCAGCAGCUUGGCCGCAAAGGGGGUCUCGCCCAGAGCCCGAAGACAACGACGGGGAUCUACAUCCUCUACCUUUCAGCCCUGCUCCGGUCUCUGAGCGGCCGGGUGAAGCGUGACAUCCCCAGCAUGCUCAGGAGGCUGUGCUGCUUGGCAGCCAAUGGCAUCUGGAAGCAGAAAGUCUUUUUCAAUGACCAGGAGGUGCAGGGGUAUGAGCUGGAUCAGAGAGAAGCCCUCCCGAUCCUCCUCAAUGAACACCUCUUCCAGAAGGACAUCUCCUGCGUCAGCACCUACAGCUUCAUCCACCUCAGCUUCCAGGAGUUUUUUGCAGCACUUUUCUACUUGCUGGAAGAUGAAGGGGAGGUGCAGGAACACCCCGCGGGUCCCACCAGGGACGUGAGGGAGCUGCUGGAGAGCUACGGCAACUCCAGGAACUACUUCAUGCUGACUGUGCGGUUCCUCUUUGGUCUCUUAAACGAGGAGCGCAGGAGGGAGCUGGAGGAGGAGAUGGGGUGUAAAAUCGCGCCCAAGAUCACGGAAGAAUUGCUGAUGUGGCUUCAAACCAGACAGAAGACAGCCCUGGCUCUUCUGAUGGAGGAGACGGCGCUGAUCCGCGAGCUGGAGGUCUGCCACUGCCUGUAUGAGCUCCAGGACGAGCGCUUUGUGCUGACCGCCUUGGAUCCUUUCACCGGCGUAUACCUACGAGGGCUCAACCUCAACCACUUUGAUCAGAUGGUCCUUUCCUUCAGCGUGAAGAACUUCCCCAGGCUGGAGUCGCUUGACCUGGGGCACUGCUCCUUCCUGCAGCACGAGCCUGAGGAGCAGGAGGGGCCGCAGCCGGCCAAGCAGCCGCGUCGGUUCGAGUGGUGCCAGCUCACCGGCGCCUGCUGCGGGGCUCUGGCCUCUGUUCUCAGCCUGAAACCCACCGUGACGGAGCUGGACCUGGCUGGGAACGAGGAGCUGGGGGACGGUGGCGUGAAGCUGCUGUGCGAGGGGCUGAGGCGCGGCGCCUGCCAGCUGCAGAGCGUGCGGUGA